UCUACGCUGCCGGAAAUAAAAAAAAAAAAGAAGCAGAAGAAGAAACGCGGAAGUCACUGUCGUUCGAUUUGUUGCAGGAAGAGAAAUUGUUUUAGCAGAAGGAGACACGUUUCUUAAAGAUUGUUGUUUUCAGUGAGCAGAUCGGUCGUCAUGACAACCAGGCGUGGAUUAAUAACCGACUCGUUCAAGGUGGUGAAGAAAGCACGGACGGCUGAGAAGCAGGAGAAGACGCCGAGUCCUCCGCCUCCACAGGACGAGGAUGAAACUGAAACGAGCAGAGAGGAGGAGCUGCAGAAGCUCCGACAGUUCGACCUGGACUGGAGAUUUGGGCCGUGCACAGGUAUCAGCAGACUGGAGAGGUGGGAGAGAGCAAAGCUUCAUGACCUAAACCCACCUGAGGAGAUCAGAGAGCUGCUGCUGCAAACGUGCACAGACCCUGAAUACAGCCAGAGCCUGUGGAGUGAAUAUCCUUUCUGAGGAAGACAGAAGAAAGAAGACAAGAUACCAGAGCUUUAUUUCUGGUAAAACCCUGAGAAGAAAAGAAAACAAACACUAAAACAAUCAGGCAUGGCAUUGGACUUGAACGUUGUUGGAUGAACCCUUAGACCAGACGCACGACAAAGAACCGAGAUGUACGUACGGAAAAAUUCUCAAGAUGUAGCUUAGUAGAAAGUUAAACCCUCGAUCCUAAUAAUCACAAUUAACACCAAAUAUUUGCAUAAAUCUCAAUAAAAAGAAAAGCCUUAACACUACCUCCAAAAAGGCAGAGGGGGGGGGCGUGUCCUCGGACAGAAUGCGUCUGGAUUUUCUUCAGUCAGCCAGGUACCAAUCAAACUGGACUCAACGAGAAGGUUUGGAAUUUUACCCCGAGCAGGGAAAGCUCAUGUUCGAUCACACUAAAGAUGAGGGCAACGCCGAAGAACGUCAUGAUCUAAAGUGGACAGAAUGAGGCUGUGGUCAGCUCCAUGGUGAAUGGAACUUCUGAGAGUCUGAGCUCCACAACCAACAGAUCAGUUUCAUGAAACCUACAUGAACCGUUUCAGAGAGAAAUGCAGUUAUUUACAUUUCCACAGCAGAACAAAGUCUUAGAAUGACAGGAUGCAAAACGACUAAACGAGACACAAAACAACAAAAACAAGACACAAAACCACAAAAACAAGACAGAAAAUGAGAAAACCGAAACACAAAAGGACAAAAAUGAGAUGCAAAACGACUAACAGAUCAGUUUCCCGUAUCCUACAUGAACCAUUUCACAGAGAAAUACAGUUUUCUUCCAUUUCCACAGCAGAACAAAGUCACAUAUUUGUUCCAGUUGACUUCAUUGGAUUGAAUCUGUCAUAUUUGAUGUGUUUUAGUAAAACCUGAAUGUUGCUAAUUUGUCUGCUAGCUUGAAUUCAGUGGUAUUUGCUGCGUUGCUAUUACUGAUUCUGUAACUUUUAUGCAAAGUAUUACCUCCCAAACACUUCCAGUGGUCGUAGAAAAAGCAUUUCCAGGAGAUAAAUUCUGCAGCCGACUUGGAAACAUAACUGGCAUCUUCAGUCAGACAAAUUUAGAUUUUGUGCUCGUUUCCAGCAUUUCAUUGGUUUUUACUCAAUCCUGCUUGACUGCUGAACUCUAACACCAGUAGUCCUGUGUAUGUUUUAUUUACUUCAUCAGGCAUUUUAUACCGUUUUUAGUAGAAGUGUCACUUUUGGGUUGUGGAGAAAUUUUCUGAUGUUAUUAAAACGUUUUACACGGA